AUGGGUUCCGACCCCCAGUACGCGAAAUGGCCUCCUCUACCAUUAGCCCAACACGUCUUCACCAUCACGAAUCCCUACGCCACUCGACCCGCCCAGCAGGCCGCCCUGAAGAGUUUACAAGAUGGCAUCAAUGAACACAAGAUGGCCCCUCUGUACAAGUACCUCGCCCAUCCCACAGAGGGUAUCCUGAACACCAUCGGUGAGACCACGUCGGCAUCGGCGCCCCAGAAACCCCCCGGACGGAAACCAAGCGCAGCCGGCAUGGUUGCUAGCAAAACCACUGCCGCUACCUUACCUUGGGACGAGGAGGUAUACAAUAAACUAAAGACGGAGAACGACAAGGAGCUGGAGGAGUUCCAGAAGGAGGAGGAUGAAGCUGUCGAGCAGGCUGGCGAAACGGAAAUCAUGGCUGCGAAGGGAAAGCGUGCUGAUUUCUUUGCUAAGAUCGGGGACAAGGACAAGGCGAUAGCAACCUACGAAGACGUCUUCGAGAAGACAGGCAUCUUAGGCACCAAGAUUGACCUGGUGCUGGCCAUAAUCCGCAUGGGGCUCUUCUACGGCGACAAGGCCCUGGUCAAGAAACAUGUCGCGCGCGCCAAGACCCUCGUCGACAGCGGUGGCGACUGGGACCGCCGCAACCGGCUAAAGGCCUACGAGGGCCUGCACCUGCUGACGGUGCGGUCGUAUAACCUCGCCGCGCCGCUGCUCCUCGACUCCCUGUCGACCUUCACCAGCUACGAGCUGUGCACGUACUCGAACCUUGUCGUCUACUCCGUCCUCGCCGGCUCGGUCUCCCUUAAGCGGGUCGACUUCAAGAGCAAGGUCGUCGACGCCCCCGAGAUCAAGGCCAUCCUCGGCGCCGACGGCGACGACAAGCUGCUCGCCCUGACCGGCGCCAUAUCCGCGGGCCCCGGCGCCGAGGAUUCUGAGAUGCGCGACGCCGCCGCCGCCAAGGAAGCGUCGUCCUCGACGCCGGUGGCGCCCACCAAGACCACGAUGGCCGUGAACCUGACGACCCUGGGCACCAGCACGGACCAGCCCGAGACCGAGCUGGCCGUCGACUUCUCGCCCCUGGCCCAGCUGGUCAGCAGCCUGUACAACGGCCACUACAAGCUCUUCUUCCAGGCCCUCGCCCAGGUCGAGGAGCAGUUCCUGACCCAGGACCGCUACCUCCACGAGCACAAGGGCUGGUUCAUCCGCGAGAUGCGUCUCCGCGCUUACCAGCAGCUGUUGCAGAGCUACCGCGUCGUCGGGCUCGAGAGCAUGGCUAAUGAUUUUGGUGUUACGGUGGAUUUCUUAGAUCGCGACCUAGCCAAAUUCAUCGCCGGCGGCCGCAUCCCCUGCACCAUCGACCGCGUCACCGGCAAGGGUGUGAUCGAGACGAACCGCCCGGACGACAAGAACAAGCAGUACCAGGACGUCGUCAAGCAGGGCGACCAGCUCAUCACCAAGCUCCAGAAGUACGGGCAGGCCGUGCGGCUCCGGGGCAGCGAGAGGGCGUAA